CUUCCAGGCAGAACGCUCCCCAAUAUGGCUGCUGUGGUACAGUAGAUGCCCAGGAGUACAUUUUUAUUCGAGAGAAAACACAAUUUUGCAAAGAUAUCUAGGACCUCUUGAAACUACGAAAGAGCUCAACAUGAAUGUUAUGAAGAGGAUCCCUGCAUCACAUCCGAGCAACAAUUAAUCCUCCAAGCAAAAACCUCAAUCCCACAAAUCCCUGCUUCUCUCUGCUGGUCACUCCAGGUGUCGGUGUGCCUCCUGUCACUCUGGCAGAGGAGGCGGGGCAGGAGGUGUUGCCAGGUGGGGGACCAAGGCUGCACCCGCCUGCCUUAUUCAUUUUCCUCCGUACAGAUUUGACCCACUUGAUCAGCAGAUUCCACAGGCAGUGGACUGAGAGGGAACCAGCCAAGAGCAACAAGUGUGCAGCUUCUAGAUUGGGACAUUGCAGAGCAGCACUGACAGGGCUCUGCCAGGUGGCGUUGGCUAGUUGAAGAGCAGAGCAUGUUGAGUGGUUGCAGUUGCCAUGGAGCAGCAGGAUAAGAAGCAGGAAGAGGAUGCUGUUACUCUGGGCCUGUCGACUGGCCAGGCUCUGGUGAAGCUGCGGGACCAGCUCAGCAGCCUGUUGGAGCAGCACCAAAGGGCUGCAUGCAGACGAGUCUCUACACAGGAACGGUGGAUGAAUAGCUUUCUUUACCAUGGCAACCGUCACUCCUGUCUUCAUUGGCCAGGAACUGCCCUCACUCUUCUGGUUGUGCUGGGACUCUUCUGUUGCCAUGGCAGUCAGCCAAAGGGCAGCUCUGGUAUAGAAGUGUUGAAUGCCGCAGCCCUCCUUCUCCUCUUCCUGCUCAACCUGCUGCUGGUCAGACGUCAGGAGAGGCUGAAGAGGAGCGAGAUGGUCCGGCGCCUCAAGGGCAUCAUCACUCAGCUCAGUGACUAUCUGUCAGGGUGUGUGGGUGAAGUUCGGUGGUCUCCGUCCCUGUACCCUGAUCUGUACACACCCACAUCCUCAUCGUGGUCCCUUCACUGGACUUACCGCGACUCCCAGCUGGUUAACUUGCCUGUCAGUCUGCUGGUGGAAGGAGACAUCAUUGCUCUGAGACCUGGCCAAGAGGCAUUUGCUUCCCUCAGAGGCAUUAAGGAUGAUGAGCACAUUGUGUUGGAGCCAGGUGAUCUAUUUCCUCCUUUCUCCCCUCCUCCUUCCCCACGGGCCAAUGAGAAGAGAGGACCACAGAGCCCCCAGCAACACCGUCUUUUCAGAGUGGUCCGGACCCCAAUACUAGACACAGUCAGGAACAGUUUGGAGUUGGCAUUGGCUCGACCAAUCACGGUGCUAGAUAAUGAGAGGUUCACAGUGCAGUCUGUUAUCACCAAGCUAGUCUGUCCUGUCGUGCUGGUAGCAUUCCUGCUAGUGAACACUAUCCGCUAUUUUUGUGAUGCACCCAGCCUCACCCCACGCUGCUACAAUUUCUUUCAGCUUCAGUUGAUGGGUGUUUUGCCCAUCUUGCCUUUGCUCUUCCCCGUCAUGUGGGUGCUUUUGAACGCCUUUGGAGAGGCCAGGGUCCUCGCUGAGUUCAGCCGAGCAUCACCAGCUGGUCUGCUUGCUAAAUUCUCUGAGGACACUCUAAGCAGCUACACCGAAGUGGUUUCCUCCCAGUCAACACGUCUUGACCAAGCACCUCUGGAUGAGAUGCUGCGUUGUGUGUGGAGACACCUGGUUGCCAUCCUGAAGGGAGAGUCUCAGACACUGUGUUAUACCUCCAGCCUGUUACACACUCUGGGAUCUGUUACUGUUUUGUGCUGCGUAGACAAACAGGGCAUCCUGUCUUGGCCUAAUCCAAGCCCAGAAACUGUGCUGUUCUUCAGUGGACGGGUGGAGCCACCUCACAACAGCCAGGAUGAUCUCAGAGAUGAUUUGUCUGUCAAUUCCUACUGUCGAAUGGAGGCAGAUGAGGACAGGGAUGAGGCCCAAGAGGCGGAGGCUCUGCUCUGUCUAGCAGCAGAGUCCUCCACCCAUCUCGGGGAGGGGCCCGAGCUCAGUGAGACGUCACGCGAAACCACUCGCUCGUCUGAUGUCCGGGUUCUGCGUUCCUGCCAGCCUGCACACACUCGCACCAAACACCACUCUGGAUCCAAUGUGAGCUUCAGCCAUGACACUGAAGGAGGGGAGGAUGACCAGGCCCAGGACUUGGGCUGCCCGGACGGGGAGGCCGAGGACUUUGUGUGUGACUACCACCUGGAGAUGCUGAGCCUGUCACAAGACCAGCAGAACCCAGCCAGCAUCCAAUUUGAUGACCUCUCUUGGCAGUGCCACUUGCCCUCCCUCAAGCCGCUGGGCCUCAACAUCAUGCUGAACCUCUGCAAUGCCAGUGUCACCCAGCAGCUCUGCCGCUUCUCCGACCACCUGUCCAACCUGGCUCUCCAGGAGAGCCAUGGCACCGUUCUGCCUGUCUAUGUCCCCUGGGGGCUCUGUGAGCUCUCCAGGCUGAUAGGGUUCACUCCUGGUGCGAGGGAGUUGUUUAAACAAGAGAAUCACUUGGCUUUGUACCAGCUGCCAUCUGGAGAGAAGACCAAGGAGUUCACGUCUCGCCGCCUUCAUUACUUCACCAAACGCCAGCCUCCCAUCUCCCACCUCAUCUCCCUUUUCGUACGAGACUCUUCCUCCAAUAAUGUCCAGAUGCUGUCACAUGGUUCGGCCGAUCUUAUCCUGGAGGCCUGCACUGACUUCUGGGAUGGAACAGAUAUCUAUCCCCUCUCAGGCUCAGACAGAAAGAAGGUUCUGGAUUUCUACCAGCGUGCCUGUCUGUCAGGUUACUGUUCAGCGUUUGCCUAUAAACCCAUGCAAGUAUCGCUCUCCAGCCAGCUGAAUGGGAAGUGUGUGGAGCUGGCCCCUGGUCCCUGCCUCUUCUCCGGAGUGGAGCUGCCCUCCACCACUCCCAUCAAGCACAAUUCCUGCAGGAACAGCUGGAGCUCUGAUGAGGGUAUAGGUGAGGGUGUGGAACGUGAGGACUGUGUUCAGGCCCUCAGUGGGCAGAUCUUCAUGGGCAUGGUAUCGUCACAGUUCCAGGCGAGGCUGGACACAGUCCGACUCAUCGACGCCCUGGUCACCGCUUGUAUCCGGUUUGUUUACUUUUCUAUGGAGGAUGAGCUCCGCAGCAAGGUUUUUGCAGAGAAGAUGGGUUUAGAGACAGGCUGGAACUGUCACAUCUCUUUGACUCCAAAUGGAGACAGUCCCUGUGAUGGAGCUCCAUCCAGCCCCAGUCAGGGCUCACUGCAUGAGGACCUGAACCAAGCUGUCUUCAUAUGCGACCCAGAUUCCCGGGAUGAAGCCGAAGGUCCACUGCUGCCGGAGGAGGAAGGCCAUUCUGACCUGGCCAGUUUCCAGCCCACAGACAGCGAUGUGCCCAGCUUUCUGGAGGACUGCAACAGGGCCAAGCUACCUCGUGGUAUCCACCAGGUUCGGCCUCAUUUGAAGAACAUUGACAAUGUGCCUCUUUUGGUGCCGCUCUUCACUGACUGCACCCCUGACACCAUGUGUGAAAUGAUGAAGAUCAUGCAGGAGAACAGGGAGGUUACAUGCUGUCUGGGAAGCGCUGCCAAUUUUCGCAACAGCCGCCUGUUUCUACAGAGCGACGUCAGCAUUGCUCUGGACCCUCUGUACCCGUCUCAGUGUUCGUGGGAGACAUUUGGCUAUGCCACCGGAGGAGGAUUUAAUGGAGAUGCUGAAGGUCUGUCUCCUCUGAGGCUCUCCGGGCAGCUCAACAGUCUGGGCUGUUCUGUCACUUUCCACCAAGGAGAGAGUGUCAGCAUGGUCAAGCUCAUAGAGCAGGCACGACACACAACCUACGGCAUCCGCAAGUGCUUCCUGUUCCUGCUGCAGUGUCAGCUCAGUCUGGUCAUCAUCCAGUUUUUAGCUUGCCUAGCUCAACUUCCUCCUCCCAUGAACACCACUGACAUCCUCUGGCUGUCCUGCUUCAGCUGCCCAUUGCUAAGUGUGUCACUUUUGGGGAAACCCCCAGACAGUGCAGUCAUGACAGUUGCCACAGGGAAAAACCUUGAUGCAAUACCAAGGAAGACCCAGAACUACUUCCUUGGCUGCUUCCUCCUUAAGUUUGGCCUGACGAUGUGUGCCUACCUGUUGGCCUUUGGGUUCACGCUGCAGGAGGUCUUCUGUAGAAACAACAACUUGACCUUAGCUGACAACACCACUCUCCCCUGCCUUCAUAUACUCACAGCCAGCUCUUCAGACGACGCCCCUCGCUGGUUCAUUGAGCUGUCAAAUGGCCUGCUGCUGACUCAGAAGGUCAUGGCGGGAUUCCUCACCUUACACACAGUGGUGAUCUCCCUCAGCUAUGUCCACCGCUCUCAGCCUCUGUGGAGAAAGAGUCCCUUCAGCAAUACCUGGUGGUGUCUCACUGUACCUGUGGUCCUGCUCAGCCAGAUUGUUCAGGCCACGGUGGAUUACCAGUUAUGGCGUGACCAGGGCAGCCUCCUGGCCUUUAAUCUGGGUGACAUACCCCUGUUAUCCUGGUUGCUGGUCUCUCUGUCCCCACUGCUGGUGGUGGUGGUGAAUGAAGUGGUGAAGCUGCACGAGAUACGGGUGCGAGUUCGCUACCAGAAGAGGCAGAAACUGCAAUUUGAGACAAAACUGGGGAUGAACUCUCCGUUCUGAUGUGUCUGUCUGAGGAUGUUUGUCUCGUGGCAGUACUGGGAACCGGUCAAAUCAGUUCUGGAAAUCAGGGAAGGACAGGAUGCAAUUACUGUGUCCUUGGUUAAAACUACAGCCCAACAGCACUGCAACCAUCAGGUGGAACAGAUGUCAACCAAAUGUCUUUGUGGGGGCUUUAUGGCACAAAUGUCUAAGCUAGUGGGUCUGUUUUCUUAAAACAGCUGGUAUUCUAUCAGUUAUCUGGAGGGCAGGAAAAGGAAAAUUCCAAAGCAUUCAUUUCCAAUGAAUAGAAAAGAGCCAAAAAAUAGGCAAUUAUUUAUUGUCUGGUUUUAGUUUAAGGGCAUGAGGAAUGUUUUCUGAAGAAGUUUAAUGGUUCCUCACUGUCACAUCUGUUCUCCAUCUCUGAGAGACUUACCGUAUGCAUGGUCGCUCCUUGUCCCAAACAAUUCACUAAAAUCUGCUUCACUUUUAAAGGAUGUUUUUGAAAGGUUCAUUUUAAUGUCAUCCAAUCAGACACAGUGAAUUGUGUCGUAUCAUUACGCCGAUUCAGCCUUCAUUCAGCUUAGCAUAAUCAGUGACUUCAUUAAAAGGAAAAACGCAUAAAAGAAAAAGGAAGUCUGUAACUAUGGAGCCCCAAGUGUUCAUUAAGUAAAUAAAUAAGUAAUAGAUCAUCACAUGAAUAAACUGUAUCAAAUAUAUAAACAGAACAGUAAUUUGUGUAAUAAUUUAAUAAAUUGUGUAAAUUUACGGUCAGUUAAGUUCAUUUUUGUUCCAUAGUGGAAUUUUUUUUUUAGUUCAUGACCAUGACGUUGUAACGCUGCCUCUAGCCAUUUAGCUCCUCUGUCAGAAUAAAUCAGAAUCAUUUUUGCUGCGGUUAAACUCGUUACGCAAACACAAAAGGCUGCUUAUCUAAACUUUCUAACCAGCUCGGCGGGAUUAUGAGCUUCAUUUAACUGGAGGAGCAAGCGUUAGCUGGUUAAUUCAGAGUUAUCGUGGCUGCUUUUUGAUUAAAAAGAUGUUACUCAGAGAAGGACACAAAUCUGUGAAGAUCAGAAAGACAAAAAAAAACUUAUGAUCACUCAGUCCAGCUAACACUGUUUACAUGUUUACACCGUCUCUCUCAAGUCUCUAAACUCGAUCUAAACUCACAAGACAGUCUAGCUAGUUAGCCAACUAAGUAGGUAGCAUAAGCAGCUGUAUUAGGGAUUCAGAUUCUUAAGAGAUUUACUUACUAUGUUUAUGUCGCAUGUUUAUUUACACCAACCAUAAUUAAUAUAGCGUUGCUCCGGCUAACAGGAGCUAACAGACUCAAUGUGGUAGCGGUUGUUGAGCGUGCAGCGGGUACAUGAAAGGUGAGAGCGUGGCGAUAACGCUGCUGUUAUGAAAAGCAACAUAUUGGGAGAAAAAUAAUUUCUGUCAUUAAGUAAAAAAUGAAAAUGAUGGAAUAGCAUUUUAAUUAGAACAAUUUGAGUUUUAAUACUUUUUCUAUUUUUCGUUUUCACAAAUCACUGCUGUAUUUAUAUAUUUAACACAAUGCUACUUUUUAUGUGUUAAUUUAAUUAGCACUAAACACCUUGGGGCUUCAUAUGUAACGAGGUGUUUGGUCAUUGCAGGAAUGUGGUGGAACACUACCUCUGAAAAAAAAUGUGACAAAGCUAAGCUUCUCUUAGCUUUCUCUGUGAACUGUGAACCACAUUGUAAUCUUCCCUGUGGUAGCCUGCAAGACAAAGUUCUCUAUUAUUUUAUUGUAUUUUGCAACUAAUGUCUUUUAUAGUCAUUCAAUGCCUGAGCUCAGCCGAGGUCAGACCCGUUGUAACACAAUAAGAUUAAGAUUAAGGAUUGAAUUGGAUAAGUCACGUUUCAUCCACACAUAUCUACAUUUAAACAUAUACUGUAUAGACGUUUAUCUAACUGAAGAAUGUGCCAGCAUGCAACUUUGAAACCACACGGUUGGCUGCGCAGUGAUCUUAGCAAGUCCCUGCGCUGCUGAUGGAUUUACUGAAUAUAUUAUGACAUUUACUCUGGUAUGCUGAAGUGCCGGAGUUUUCUGAAAGGUGCUUCAUAUCAUUCAGUUGCCUUCUUCCUUAGCCAGUCUGCCCGUUUCAGCUGUCAACACUUCAGCAGACAGGAGCUCAGGAUACAGUUUCAUUUUAAAAGGAUGAAGAAUGAAAGUUUAAGUAGAUUUGAUCUGCAAAUUUAUUACGAUUACCCCAGAUUUCAUAUUUGAUCUGCUGACCAGCAUAUCAUCUUCAAGUGUCCCCACUGAUCUGUUGUCUUCUGGACUUUUAAUUCCUAUAAUAAUGCACAGCAUGAGCAGCAGAUGUCUGUAUCGCUAAUGGGGUUUUUCAUUCAGACCAGCUUUCUGUUUGGUGCUGUCAUUAUUUCAGAUGGACAUGAUUUUAAUAUUGCUACUGUAUACAACUGGGAGGGUGGUGAUAAUUAUUUACUUCAGAACAAAAUACCAUGCUUUUCACUCAGAAAAUGUAUAUGAUAUAAAAUUAUAAAUACUGUAAUAUAUAUUUUCUUUAUUUUAUUGUGUAAGUAAUGUAAAUGAAGUAAUUGUGAAUCAAGUCACAUUUGCAUUUUAAGUCACAUUGUUUUUACUCCAGUUUUAAUUUUGUUUUUUCUUCCUCCUGAAACAAAUAAUUGUGAAUGAGGAUUUUAUCAGCCCACCUUUAUUCUAAACAAAUUUGCAGUCCAGUGACAGCAAACUGAUCAACACUGUGAACCUGGGGCUUCUGGGGACCCCUAAGUUCUGAGGUCUGUUGGUAAUCCAGCCUUGACUGUUUUCCCCUUGUAGUUGUAAUCUUAAGAUUGCAUCAAACAUGACAUCUGGGGUUUAACUUCAGUUCCGUAGCAACCAUCGAGGACACUGGGGUCAUUUGGAGCUUUAUUUUACAGGUUGAUUCCAGACUCAGUAUAUUUACAUUUUGCUUUUAGGCUAACAAUAACUUAAUUAAUAAAUUAUCCAGCAUUGUCCCACCAGAAUUUUUUUUUAUGGUAGUGAUGAUGAGGUUUUUAAAGCAACAUUAUGGAAGCAGUUUGGUACCCUUACAGUUUCAGAUGCAGUUCUCAUAUACACCACUGUCUUAAAUAUGAACAGCUGUACACCUCAGCCACGCAACACAUAUCAAGUCAGCUAAUAUGAUUUAAAGGAAGGCCAGCUUGGUAUCUGUAAUGCAGACAAGUUUCGCAAAACUCUCACUACCAACUACAAGCCAGUCCAAGAUUAACUCUUGACCAGCUUUCUGCUUGGCCAGUCUCUCUCUUCCUCUUCUUACCUUCUUCCAUCAGCGUCGUCCUUGUUCUUGGAUUUAUACUUGAACUUAGUCUGCUAACUUUCUAUUCAUAAAUGAUGCUGCAUAAAAAUCCUGUUUACUAUAGCAUCUAAUAAAGCUAUCUGUCCAUCAGGAAAGUCCUUAAUUUACAGAGUCCAGGUGAAGCAGCUGACAUUUUCCUUAUAAAAACAGGAGAUUGUCCCCACCCACCCAAGUUACAGAGAACAGGCACAUGGGGCAUGACAGAGGCACCAUUCAUCCUGUUACAAGUCUGCCCACCAUCAAAAUGAUUUUGUAGCCGUUAUUUUAAGGCAAAGUAGUUACAUAAUGUUGCUUUAAAACUAAAUAUGUCACUGUUUGCAACUAAAAGUUUGCAUACAACAUAAAUAAACAAAUAAUUGAAUGGAUAAAAUAAAAUAAAGAAUUAACAGUCUACAGAGCUUAUUUUUUGGGAGGGGGUUGGACCCAUGACCUCAGUAUCUUUAAUAUAUUGGCUAUGACCCUAUUUAAACUGUGCUUGCUUUUAUAUGUGUGCCUAUUUAAGUCCCUAGCUACAAAUGCUGUUUUAAAUUUUACAUUUAAAGUGGGAGAUGGACUUAAAGAGGUAUAAAUAAAGAAGUGCACAAAAAGCACAAUGCUGUCCUCUGGUUUUAUGUCACCAAAGUAGUCAGCAUGAAACUACUGAAAACGGUUUUAAGACAAACAUUACAAUGCAAGAAAACAUUUAGUCUUUUAUUUUAAGUUGGCCCUGUUUUAUACUUGUGUGUUUUAUAUCAUGACAAACAUACGGGCUAUGCUGCAUGAAUAAGAUCCAGUGAAUGCUCUGUCUUGAUCUCUGUACAUGUUAUCUAUAGUUCUACUGUUUAAUUCACACAACACAAGCUGACUCGAGCAUGGACUUCAUACUGUGUGUUACCAGGCCUUUGGUACAACCUGCAGAGUUGAUGCUAUUUAUUUUGAUAACUUUCUCACACAUGUUGUAGGAGCUGAAGCCUCUGCCAGUUGAUUUAUAGGGGGGAGUGGAGGGGUAGUUGUUCACAAGACACAUAAAUGUAUAUUUUGUAUUUUUUAAAGCAUCUAUGUUUAGGACUUUUGACGAAUUGGUUUGUGUAUUGAUUAUGUCAUGUUAAUAAAUAUGCUCUUUUAUUUA